UUCCUACCAUCACUCACUCAGUCACACAUUUACAUUUACGGCAUUUGGCUGACGCUCAUGUCCAGAGUGACUUACAAUUUGAUCAUUUUACACAAGGGGGCCAAAGUGGUGUUAGGAGUAUUGCCCAAGGUCUCUUAUUGGUAUAGGGCGCUUGAACCCCAGUGUACAGUGUAGAAGGUAGAGGUGUUAACCGCUACACUAACCAACCACGUAUACCUGUAAACAUUAUUAUUACAGCCUGAAGACUGAAAUUAUUUAAAACGUAUACAUUUAUAGCUUUAAAUGCCACAGUAUACCGCAUUGGGCGCUCUUUGAGUCUUCUUUGUGUUUGUGGAUGAAGAAGAUGGGAACCACAUUGAAUAAACUGCCUUGUGAAUCAAUGAGUCGUUUCGUUUGACCAAACAGGUCGAAACAGUCGGUUCGUUGAAUCGAAUUUGCCAGCCUGAUUGGCUAACGCGCGUACGACGCGGCUGCGCAGCAGGAGCGCUGUACGUCAUCGGCUCGUCAGACGGAACUCGAAGAGGGCAGCAAACGUGCGCGGGCCGCCUGCUUGACCUGCACAGCAUUCAGCUUCAUUAGCGUUUCCCCCGCUGUUUCUCUGUGACUCCUAAUGUGGAGAAUCAUUUCAGAUUAACAUUUAAAAACCCCUCCGCCGAGGUCGCUGAAAUGGACCUGAACUUGGAAUACUGGCAAAACAACGGAAAGUCGUUCCUCAGCAGGCUCCACAUUUGGUUCAAUCUCCUUGACCCCAGUUCCUUACUGGCCUCUGAUGCUGAAAUAGAAAAGGCCCGCUGUCUGCUCAGGAGUGAAGAGAAGCAGCAGAAGAAUGAAAAGGUUCGUAAUGCCUGGGCACUCUCUGUGUCAUCUGUCCAUGCUGGUAGUGGAGCAUUGAUUUCCCCAGUGUUUCGUCCUCAAGCUUUUCUGCCCAUAACCGUUCCUUUGGUUGUAGCAAGUUUUUUGCCUCAUAAAGGAAUCCGGCCUGCCCUGUUCUGGCAUUUUAUUCUUCAGAGUUACUGUGCAGGUUUCAACCAUGCCAACAGAAAUACGACUGCAACUCCGGGAAAUAAAACAUCAGCAAAGCAGCCCCUGCUUAUUGUCGGCGCAGUUUCAUAUUCAACAGUUGUAGGGGCCCUUCCUCAAAUUGUAAUCCAGCGCAUGAGGGUCAGCAGUACUGUAGCUCAGGCCUUCUGUAGGUCAGUGCUGCCUAUUCCUCUUUCAGCUAUUCUGGCUGCCUUCAGUGUUAUGGUGGUGAGAAGUGAGGAAUCAGAGAAUGGUAUUCAGAUCUUUGAUUCUAAUGGGAAUUCACUUGGUGUCUCAAAGGAGGCUGGAUCUAAGGCUGUAAAGGAAACUGCCAUCUCUCGAGCAACCCUUUUUGGUACCACUGCAACUGUGCCCACUUUACUGCUCUACUUUCUUAGGAGGGCAAAAUUUGUCCAAAGGAACCCACUGAUAGCUGCUCCUGUUAGACACAUUAGUACUGCCAUUGUCCUUGGCUUGAUGAUUCCUGUGUCCUUCAGUUUGUUUCCACAACUUGGCAAGAUUGAAAAGCAGCAAGUAGAAAAGGAGUUGCAGGCCUUAACUGAUGACAGGCAACUGUUUUACCACCGAGGACUUUAACUGUCAUGUCUAAAGCAACACUUGUAGGGUAUAAUUUACUGAUGUGUUUACAUCUGCUUUGGAGUGAACACCUACAUGCAGACACAGCGUUUCUAAUUAUGCUUGUGAGUAUAAUUUCAAAAAUGUGCAUUUUAAGUUAUUGUUCCAAUAAAUCAUCACUUUAAACAAAGAAA